AUGCGUCCUACCAAUGCUUUGGUUUUGGGCCUUCUUGGCUUGGCCCCUCUCGCUGCUGGCCUCCCAACAGCUGGAUCUGUAGACCUCGAGCGCCGAUAUGUUGGUUCUGCUGCAGCUCUAGCUACCAAGCUGGUACGCUCCGUUAUUCCAGGAGUUGAAGCUCGCCACCAUACCGAGGCUCAAAUUGCUGCCAAAGAGAAGGCGGCUGCCAAGAAAGGUGGAAAGAAAAACCAGGCCCGUGGGGCUGAUGAGGUUCCCGAAGAUGAUGAGUUCGGGUCUUGGUCUGAUAAGCGUGCACCUCACCAUACUGAGGCCCAAAUCGCUGCCAAGGAGGCUGCCGCCGCUAAGAAGGGAGGAAAGAAGAAUCAUGCUCGUGAGACUGUAGUCCCCGAAGAUGAUGAAUUCGGGUCUUGGUCUGAUAAGCGAGCGCCUCAUCACACGGAGGCUCAGAUUGCCGCCAAGGAGGCUGCUGCUGCGAAGAAAGGCGGUAAGAAGAACCACGCCCGCGAUGCCGACGUGGUUCCUGAGGAUGAUGAGUUUGGGUCUUGGUCUGAUAAGCGUGCACCUCACCAUACUGAGGCCCAAAUUGCUGCCAAGGAGGCUGCUGCUGCGAAGAAGGGAGGAAAGAAGAACCAUGCCCGCGACGUUGAUGAGGUUCCCGAGGAUGAUGAGUUUGGAUCCUGGGCUGAUAAACGUGCACCUCAUCACACCGAGGCACAAAUUGCGGCCAAGGAGGCUGCCGCUGCUCAGAAGAAGGGUGGAAAGAAGAACCAUGCCCGCGAGGCUGAUGAGGUUCCGGAGGACGAUGAGUUUGGAUCUUGGGUUACCAGGCGAGACCCUCACCACACUGAAGCCCAGAUCGCUGCUAAAGAGAAGGCCGCUGCUAAGAAGGGUGGAAACAAG